GGGGCCGGGUGUCGAUGGGGGACAGCGAUCAACUAUCACCGUGUCCCGCGAUGGCAUUGAGGCUCUGUCGGUGACUCCGUAUCAGUUACCGUCUCCGAGGGAGGGAGAUCCCCACUGUUCGUCAAUGUCUCCAGGGUUGACUGCUAUUAAUCUGGAAAAUGAGGUCAGCACAGUGGGACUUUCCUUUGGAGCUUUGUUGCCGGCCCAUGGCUUUUGUAGCUCUCACGGGCCUUGAUGUGACCUAUAAUGCCGUACAUCGAGCCAUUUGGGAUGCAUUUUGUGCCAAUAGACGGGCUGACAGGGUUCCAAUAUCAUUUAAAGUACUUCCUGGAGAUCAUGAAUACCCAAAAUGCAGACCAAAGAGGACUUCUUAUGAGUGGUACAUUCCAAAAGGAAUCCUUAAAACAGGCUGGAUGAAUAAACAUCUAAACCUCGUGCCUGCACUAGUGGUGGUCUUUUAUGAACUGGACUGGGAUGAGGCGCAGUGGAAAGAGAAACAGUCUGAGUGUUCCACCAGAGUUGAAAUUGUCAGGCAAAGUUUACAGGGAAGAAACACAAAGGUUGCUGUUGUUCUGAUACAGAAGAAAACUCCCUUACCUCCAGGUGAGGACUUAAUCGCUUCAGAAAGAGCGGCAGCACUGUGCAAUGCCUGUGAUCUUUCAGGGAAGUCUUUAUUUGUGCUACCGCACACAGAUCAUCUAGUGGGGUAUAUAAUAAGGCUAGAGAAUGCUUUUUAUGAGCAUGCACAGACGUAUUACUACACAGAGAUCCGGAGAGUUAAAUCACAUAAAGAGUUCUUGAAUAAAACCACUCAUCAGCUGUUAUUUGUGAGACAUCAGUUUAAAACAGCUUUCUUCAGUGAAUUAAAGCAAGAUACACAAAAUGCAUUGAAAAACUAUAGAACAGCAUACAACCUUGUACAUGAACUUAGAGCCCAUGAGAACAACAUGCUUGAAAUCAAGACUAUGGCUGGAUUCAUCAACUAUAAGAUCUGUCGCUUAUGCUUCCAGCAUAAUGCUCCAUUGGAUGCCAUUGCCCAGUUUCGUAAACACGUGGAUUUGUGUAAAAAGAAGAUAGGAAGUGCAGAAUUGGCAUUUGAACACACUGCUUGGAUGUCUAAACAAUUUCAGGCAUUUGGGGAUUUGUUUGAUGAAGCCAUUAAACUUGGUCUUACAGCAAUUCAAACCCAGAACCCGGGAUUUUACUAUCAACAGGCAGCAUAUUAUGCUCAAGAACGCAAGCAAUUGGCGAACCAACUCUGCAACCAUGAUUCAUCUGUCACCUAUCCUAGUCCUGACCCACUGGAGACCACUUCUGGAGUAAUGGACUUUUUUGGGCAAAGACCUUGGCGGCAAGGUCAUCAAAGUAUUGAACCACCAGACCCUGAGAAAGAGAAAAUUGGAAUUUUGGCACUUCAGCUCAAAGAGCGUGAUGUUGACCACCCAGAACUGAUAAUUACGCUCUUGAGUAAUGCAGUGGCUCAGUUCAAGAAAUAUAAAUGCCCUCGAAUGAAGAGCCAUCUGAUGGUUCAAAUGGGUGAAGAGUAUUAUUAUGCAAAGGAUUACAGCAAAGCAUUGAAGUUGUUGGAUUACGUGAUGUGUGAUUAUCGCAGCGAGCGCUGGUGGAAGCUGCUUACCUUCAUUUUGAGUACUGCUCUUAAGUGUGCUUACCUAAUGGGUCAGAUCAAAGAUUACAUCACCUAUUCUCUGGAACUGCUUGGGAGGUCGUCCACACUAAGCGAUGAACAGAAAUCUCGUGUAGAAAAGAACCUGAUCAAAGUGUUGAUGAAUGAGACCCCAGCUCCAGAGCCCGACUGUGAUCCCAAGGCCAUCAAAACUGCUCAGAAAGUGUGGGCAGAUCGUAUUUCUUUAGCUGGAAGUAAUGUGUUUACUAUUGAAAUGCAAGAUUAUGUUCCAUUUGUUGAAUGUAAAGCUCGUUUCUUGGCCCCAAGUUUCCAUCUUGAUGACCCUGUACAACUUCAUGUGUUCCUCUGUGCUGAUUGCCCUCAUCCAUUCCGGUUUUCAAAGCUCUGUGUCCAUUUUAACAACCAGGAGUACAACCAAUACUGUGUGGUCGAGGAAACUUAUCAAACAUCUGACAUUCUGGAAGCUUCAUCCCAGGGCACCAUGUGCUUAGUUCCUGGUAAAACCAGGCAGUACGUUUUCAAAUUUGUUGCUCGGACCGAAGAUGUUGGAAAGAAAGUGGAGAUUACCUCUGUAGACCUUGUGCUUGGUACUGAUACUGGCAGAUGUGUGAUUCUGAACUGGAGAGGUGGUGGGGGCGAUGCUGCAUCAUGCCAGGAGGCCUUGCAAGCUAGUCGAUCUUUUAAACGACGACCAAAGCUUCCAGAUAAUGAAGUAUGCUGGGACAGUGUUACAAUACAAGCAAGCACCAUGGUGAUUUCUCGAGUUCCAAGAUUAACGGUACAGCUACGCCAUGAACCACCGACAUUGACCAAUGAAAUGUAUUGCUUAGCAAUUACUGUUCAGUCAGAAGAGGUCACUACUGCAACGGAUAUGAAGCUCACAGCAGGUUUAAAACCAGGCCAGGAUGCCAACCUCACUCAGACAACUCAUAUAACCCUUGAUGGGACAGAGAUGUGUGAUGAUUCUUGUCCUGCUUUGCUUCCGGAUAUUCCUAUUGGAGACUUGCUCCCAGGGGAAAAGAUGGAGAAACCUCUUUACAUCAGAUGCACACAGACUGGAACAAGAGUGUUUUUGGUUCAUGUUUCCUAUGUCGUUACUACUGUUGUUGAAGGCAAGGAGAUCAUUUGCAAAUGUCAUAAGGAUGAGACCAUUACUAUUGAAACAGUGGUCCCAUUUGAUGUUACUGCAAAGUUUGUUUCCACAAAAUUUGAACACAUGGAUCGGGUGUUUGCAGAUAUUUCAUUCCUUUUAAUGAUGGACAUUUUGAGCGCAUCUCCAUGGGCACUCACUAUUGAGACCAGUAAGCUCGAACUUGCACCUUCCAUGAUUUCAGUUGACCAGAUGGAGUCACAGUUGGCACAAGUGGUUUUACAGACAGGAGAAAGUGCCAGUGAGUGCUUCUGUUUGCAGUGUCCACCAGCACCGAUCAAUCAGAGUGGAGUUGCCUCAGGGCAUUAUAUCAUCUCCUGGAAACGCACCUCUGCUGCUAAAAGUGUACCUGUUGUCAACACGGUGAUUACAUUGCCACAUGUGAUUGUGGAGGCAGUUCCACUCUAUGUUCACGCAGAUCUUCCUUCAUUUGGCAGAGUUCGUGAGUCAUUACCCGUCAGAUAUUGGUUACAAAACAGGACCAAACUAGUGCAGGAUGUGGAGAUUUUUGUGGAGCCCAAUGAUGCAUUCAUGUUUUCUGGUCUUAAGCAGAUCCGGUUAAGAAUUCUUCCGGACACCGAACAGGAGUUAUUGUACAACUUCUAUCCCCUCAUGGCUGGGUACCAACAGCUGCCAGGUCUCAACAUAAGCUUGCCCCGGUUUCCUGCUGUGUCCACCCAGCUGUUGCGCAGGUUCCUGCCCACACACAUUUUUGUAAAGCCACAAGGCCGACAAGCGGAUGAAACAAUUGUUGUAGCUGCUUGACUGAGAAAAUAUUCUGAGGAAUAAAACUUGCGACUUCUGCGGCUGAAAGAAAGAAGUGGAUAAAAUAUCUCACUUGUUCAAGGAUGGUAUGAAAUGAACUGUUCAUUUGAAUUGAGGCUGCAAUAUUUACAGCAGCUAAGCAUUUCUCGACUGCCCCAAAGUUGUACUUACACGUAAGCAGUUAACAUUUCAAGUUGCCGAAAUUAGUGUUCUGGAAACAGUUGUAGAUUGAUGAUGAGCCAAGAAUUAUUUGAGAAUGGAAUAAUAUAAUCGAACAUUGUAUCGUUAAUGUUCAGUGAGAAAUUAUCUUAAUCUUUGGCAAUACUUUAAUUCUGUUGUAAAUUUUCCAUUAUUGUCAUCAUGCAGCCUUGAUUGACUAUUUGACAGGAGCUGCUGCUACAGAAUUUUUCAGUAAAUCAUGUAAAUGCAUGAUGUGUGUGUGUAUGCGCACAUUAUUUGAUCAUUUUACUGUGGCCAUUGUCUUGAAAAUACAUCGCUGUUUCUUCAUUGUCAAACUCUUGGAACCCUUCCUGCAAAGAGUAUUGUGGAUACACCCACGCAUCAAGGACUGCAAUGGUUCAAGAAGAUUGUUCACCACCGUCUUCUCAAAUGUAACUAGGGAAGAGCGAUGAAAUUCUGACUAAGUGAAGAUCACAUCAUUUAAAUGCAUACUUAAGAAAUACAAAUUUAGUUAAUUCAGUUUUUAUUUUAGAAAAUGCUUUGUACUUUGCUGUAAAAGAAAAACUAGGAUAAACAAUUAAAUACCUAAAAACAAAAGGACUCAUGAAAAUAAUCCACCUUAGCAUUUGAACUAUCCCAAUGAAUAGAAUUUCUGGAUUGACAUUAGCUACUGUGAGAAGAUUAGGGCACCAUAAGAACAUCCUGCUUUUCCCUUAAGGAAUAUUGUGAAAUACAAGUUAUUGGAGCAUAAACAGUUCCCUAACUCACUUGUAUACACUAUUUCUGGCCCACUCUUUUUAAGAAUAAGCAAAAUAAAUGUUAUUUACAUUGAUUAUAAGUAGGAAGAAAGCAAACAUAUCCAAAAAACCCCCAAAAAAUGCUGGAAAGUAUCCAACAGGUCAGAAGGCAUCUGUAGGAAGAGAAGCAGAGUCAAUAUUUGAGAUUGGAGAUCUUUUUGCCAGAAGUAAAAGGAGGCAAAAGAAUGUAGUAACACUGCAGGGAACAUGGGGAAGAGAGGUAGUCUCUGAGAGGGAUAACCUGUAAACAAGGAUAUAAGACUAUAAGACACAGGACCAGAGUUAUGCUACUCGGCCCAUCGAGUCUGCUCCACCAUUCCAUUAUGGCUGAUUUAUUAUCCCACUCAACCCCAUUCUCCUGCCUUCUUCUUGUAACCUUUGACACCCUGACCCAUCAAUGACUUGGCUUCCACAGUUGUCCGUGGCAAUGAAUUCCACAGAUUCACCACCUGAAGAAAUUUCUCCUCAAUUUUGUUCUAAGUGAAUGUCCUCUGUGCAUAGACUCAUCGACUGUCUAGUUCUCCACAUCCACUCUGUCUAGUCCUUUCAAUAUUCGAUGAGUUUCAGUGAGAUUCCUGUCAUUCUUCUAAACUCCAGUGAGUACAGGCCCAGAGCCAUUAAGUGCUCUUCAUACAUUAACUCUUUCCUUCCCGGAAUCACUUUUGUGAACCUCCUCUGGACUCUCUGCAAUGCCAGCACAUCUUUAUUUAGAUAAAGGACCCAAAACUGCUCACAUUACUCCAAGUGGGGUCUGACCAAUGUCUUAGAAGGCCUCAGAAUUACAUCCUUGCUCUUAUAUUCUAGUUCCCUGGAUAUAAAUGCUAACAUUGCAUUUGCCUUCCUUAUUCAUAUCUGGUCAGUGAACGGAAACAUAGAACAUUGACAAAAGAAUGUUGGAGUUGAAAAUUCUAGAACAAGGGGGCAAGCCAUUACCAAGGCUGAGCACAUUUCAAACUUAUAAAUUUGCGGAUAACAUCAGCCAUUGUUGAUGGUAAAACCUCAGAUAGCAACAUGGAGGCAUUCAGGAGUGAGAUAGAUCUAUCUGAAUGGUGUCCCAUCAACAAGCAAACACUCAACAUCAGCAGGGCCAAAAUAUUGAUUAGGGAUUUCAGGACUUUGAUGUUGGGAGAACACAUACCAGUCCCCAUUGACCAGUCAAUGAUAGAAAGAGUGAGUGAUUUUACUCUUCUGGCUGUCAACAUCUGAGAGGAUUUGUCCUGGGCCUGCCUAACAUUUUGAUGCAAUCACAAAAAAGACAGACUUGUGCCUCAACACAAUUCAAGAGAAAAUCUGCAGAUGCUGGAAAAUCCAGGUAAUACACACAAAAUGCUGGAGGAACUCAGCAGGCCUGGCAGCAUCUAUGGAAAAAAGUACAGUCGAUGUUUUGGGCCAAGACCCUUCUUCAGGAUUGGCGGAAAAAAUAUGAGUCAGAGUAAGAAGAUACAGGGAGGGGACACAUGGUGACAGGGGAAACCUGGUGGUGGGAUUUGGAGGGGGGAAGGGAUGAAGUUGAUCGGUGAAAGAGAUACAGGGCUGGAGAAGGGGGAAUCUGAUGAAACAGAAGGCCAUGGAAGAAAGAAUAGGGGGAGGAGCACCAAAGGGAGGUGAUGGGCAGGAA